AAGCUAUCGACCUGCCCAAUCUUGUUGCACCUCCCGAAUACGAGUCUCAUUCUGUUUUUUCAUCACUGCAAUUCGGCUUGAACAGUUGACGACAGUCACAGCAAACGCUAUUCUGGUGUCCAUUACGCAUCAUCACCACUGCGACCAGGUGGAGUGGUUGGUGAAGUUGCAUCCUUCCGGGUUCCGCGCUACACUACAUCACAAUAUUGCACUGCCGCCGCCUCUGGCAUCGAUUUUUCCAGAUUCUCUCUUCUCCAGGCGGGACACAAGGUCCUUUAUACACCUCCAUUCCAUCCUCGUCGCUGCUUGUGUCAAGUGCCAUGUCCCUCCAACACCCAGCUCUCUGAUCGGACUGCAUUGGCCCUGUCCAUCAUGACGGCAUAUCACACCUCAGCUUCGGUUGCCAUCUCAAUCGCAAGUCUCGCUAUUGUAUGCGCCCUUUCGGCCCCAGCACUUCGUCAGGUCCUCAUUCGCAUUCGGGCAAAGAAAGACCAAUAUCAAGAGCUCUCUCGACGUUAUGAGGACAAAGAUGGAAAAGCCACAGAGGAAUCUCAACAAGCAUAUUCCGACUUCGUCGUUCGAUUAAUACUAAUCAUAAUUUCCGCCAUUGCUUUCCUUGAUGCUUUGGCCACCGCAGUACUGACAACUACUCGUCCGCAUCUAUCUCUCACUCUGGAACAAUGGCUCCAAUUUGCAACCUGGUUGCUGGUUUUGUUUCAAGCGAUCACCAUCUACAUUACGCCCUCCUCGAAGCAGCGCUAUCGUCUUGGGAUCUUUACAGCUUUCUCAAGCUUACUCACUGCCAUCGCUGUAGCGGUGGAGAAUGUAUCCUUGUGGCAAUCGAAAGUCACCCCGCUGCCGCGCAACGCCCAUCUCACCCUAUCCCUUGUGCAAUUCAUCUGCGGGAUCAUCCUUUCCUUUGCCGCACUGUCGAUUCCUCGGCGGCCUGACGUUUAUUGGAAUGACAAACCGGUCGACCGACAAAACACCGUUUCUGCCCUAUCCAAGCUCACCUUCUCCUGGGCCUCAGCGAUCCUGUCUUUUGCGGCCAAGAACAAGGGCCUAGACUACGAUGAUCUCUACGAAAUUGAUCACGAUACUCGUUCUCGGGAACUACGAGCCAAGUUUGAGGCCGUCGGCCGCAAAGACAAACUCUGGAAGACCCUCUUUUGGUCGCACAAGUGGGCCUUCAUUCAGCAAUGGGUGAUGCAAGCAACGUGUUCAAUCACGGAUUUCCUGCCCCAAGUGGCCCUCUACUUCAUUCUCAAAGCGCUGGAAGCGAGAGAUGAAGGCGAGAAUGUUGCGCUCACGUCAUGGCUCUUGGCGAUCGGCCUCGGUUUAUCCAUUACCUUUUCCUCCUGGCUCGAGGCUUGGAUGUUCUUUGUCACGUUCAUGAGGAUCGGCGUCCCAAUCUACGAACAGUUGUCUGCCGUCGUGUUUGGAAAAGCUAUUCGACGAAAGGACGUGAAAGGCACAGGCAAGAAGCAGGAAGAGGAAGAGGAAGAGGCCAAUGGCAAUUUGAAUGGCGAAGUCGUGGUCAACAUUGACGCCGGCCACAAGGGAGAAGAUCGAACUCCUGAAGAGGACGAAGAUGGAGACUUUCAGAAGUCGAAGCAAAGCACCAUUAACUUGGUCGGGGUCGACUCGAAACGGAUCUCGGAUUUUGCGACGUUCAACUACAUCUUUCUCGGAUCUGCCAUCAAAUUGAUUUUUGCCAUCGGCUUCUUGUCAAGGCUGAUUGGGCCGAUCCCGUUGCUUGCUGGACUGGCGGCUCCCGCGCUGAUCACGCCCAUCAACAUCAUAGCUGCCAAGCGAUAUGCCACUGCUCAAGACGACCUGAUGAAAUAUCGUGACCAGAAGAUGGCAGUAGUGACUGAAGCUCUGCAAGGCAUCCGUCAAAUCAAGUUCAGUGCCCUUGAGAGGGACUGGUACGAAAAGAUCCUCGAAACCCGAAGGAGGGAGUUGAAGACGCAGUGGCAAGUGUUUGUCUAUGACACCACACUGAUCAGCAUCUGGAUUUUUGGGCCCGUCAUGCUGGCGGCCGUUUCACUGACAACAUAUGUGUUGAUCUACAAGCAAUUGACUGCGUCGGUGGCUUUUACGACCAUUUCCGUCUUCGAAGCCAUUGAAAUGACGUUGGCUGUCAUUCCAGAAAUGAUAACAGACCUUCUCGAUGCUAUAGUGUCGGCAAAUCGAGUUCAAGAAUACCUUGACGCCCCUGAACGGAUCGACAGCACCAAAUCUGGCGAUACCGUGGUAUUCAAAGACGCCACAGUCUCCUGGCCGUCGGACAAUCCAGAGAACGAAGAGAACCAAUUUUCUUUGCGCAACUUGAACCUUGCCUUCCCCAAGAACGAGUUGAGCGUCAUUUCGGGCCGUACAGGGUCUGGAAAGAGCUUGCUCCUUGCCUCCAUCAUCGGCGAGGCUGAAGUCCUUGGAGGCGAAGUUUUCGUCCCUAGAGCGCCGCCGGCCGCGCAACGAUAUGACUCGCGUGCAAACAGAAGUAACUGGGUGGUUGAGUCUUCUAUUGCCUUUGUCGCUCAGAUCCCCUGGAUCGAGAACGCUACCAUCAGAGACAACAUCCUUUUUGGACUCCCUCUAGACAACGACCGUUACCAAAAGGUUCUACAUGCAUGUGCUUUGACAAAGGAUCUAGAGAUGUUGCCAGAUGGGGAACUCACUGACAUUGGCGCAAACGGGAUCAAUCUGAGUGGUGGACAGAAAUGGCGAGUCUCAUUUGCUCGUGCCUUGUACUCGAGGGCUGGUAUCCUGGUGUUGGACGAUAUUUUCUCAGCCGUGGACGCCCACGUUGGACGCCAUCUGUUCGAGCAAGCCCUUGCGGGAGAGCUUGGCCAAGACAGAACGAGGAUUUUAGUGACGCAUCAUGUCGCCCUGUGCCUACCUAAAACAAACUACAGCGUCCUGCUAUCCAACGGCACCAUCGAACAAGCCGGUAAAACGGAGGAAUUGCGGCGCAGCGGGAAAUUAAAAUCCAUCCUUGCGGAAGAAGACGAAGAAGAGCAAAAGAGGGACGAGGAAGAGGAAGCUGUCGAAAACCUCACAGUCGACGACGGCGGUGGUCUCCAGAAACUUCUCACCAAUCAGUCACGUCGUUCCAGGCGAAAAUCUGCACUAAGUGAUGUUGGCGACAAUCUGAUGCGGCGUCCGUCGCGUGCGAGCCUCAACGACGCGAAGCAGAGCCGCAACCAGCCAAAGAAAUUUACGGAGGAAGAGAAGCGAGAGACCGGCGCAGUCAAGUACAAGAUCUACACAGCCUACUUCAGGGCCUCCGGCGGGUUUGGCUACUGGUUCUUUAUCUUGGCCGUCUUUGGUGUGUGGGUAGCCGUCUAUCUGGGGAGGUCGUACUGGAUCAGCGUGUGGACGAGAUCAUACCGCACGGAAACGGAGCAUAUUCUCCCCCAGAGGCUGAUCUCGCAAUCUCUAACCAGCGUCUAUCACGACCUCCAUUCCCGGUACUCUGCUGCGACUAUCGAUCCAAACCUUCGAUACUACCUGGGUGUCUACCUUGGCAUCUCUCUUGUCGCCUGGCUGAUCGGGACAGUUCGAUACCUCCUUGUCUUCAUCGCCUCGAUUCGCGCGUCCAAAGUAUUAUUUGAAGGGCUUGCCUUUGCUGUUCUACGUGCUCCUCUACGCUGGCUCGAUACUGUGCCAGUCGGACGUAUUCUCAACCGCUUCACGUCCGACUUCAACAUGCUCGAUUCGCGCAUAGCGAUGGACUUGGCCUUUAUGCUCCACAACAUGAUGCACGUCCUGUCAGUCGUGAUUGCUGGAUUAUUCGUGUCGCCAUUCAUGAUCGUCUUUGCAGUCGGACUUCUCUCGAUUUCCAUGUAUUACGCACUUCGCUAUCUCGCUGGUGCCCGCGAGGUAAAGAGACUGGAAAGCAACGCUAAGUCUCCCGUCUUCGAGCAGUUCGGCUCGGUGCUCAUGGGCAUUGGGACAAUCCGUGCGUUCGACAAGUCAGACGCAUAUCUCGACAAGAUGUACGCCAAAAUCGACCGACAUUGUCGCGCAUACUGGCAUCUCUGGUUGUUCAACCGAUGGAUGGGAUUGCGGCUGAAUAUGGUCGGUGCCGUCUUCGCCGCCAUCACCGCGGCCCUGAUUGUCUCCAUCACGAGCAUCGACUCGAGUCUCGCGGGAUUUGCCUUGAGUUUCGCCCUUGGAAUGAGCGAAGGCGUCAUCUGGUUCCUACGACAGUACUCGAAUGUAGAAUUGGACAUGAACGCCACGGAGAGAAUCGUGGAAUACAGUAACAUCACGACGGAGAAUCAAGGAGGCGUGGACGCACCGGCGGCGUGGCCCACUGAGGGAAAUCUCGAGGUCAACGAUCUGGUAGUUGGCUACGCCCCUGACCUUCCACCAGUGUUGAAGGGGUUGACGUUCAGCGUGACGAAGAAUCAACGGAUUGGCGUCGUUGGACGCACGGGCGCGGGAAAAUCUUCACUUACGCUUGCAUUGUUCCGAUUUCUCGAGGCUCGCAGCGGGACUAUCUACAUUGACGGAGUGGACAUUUCCAAGAUUAAGCUGUAUGACUUGCGUUCGAGGCUGGCGAUCAUUCCACAGGACCCCGUGCUCUUUUCGGGGACGGUUCGGAGCAACCUCGAUCCGUUCGAGCAGCAAACGGACAAGGAACUGAAGGAGGCGCUGGCACGGGUGCAUUUGAUUCCAUCGACCACGGCCUCCUCGUCAGCUGUGGCCAGCGGGAGUGCGACGCCCAUACCAAAUCAGCACGACGCCUCGGUGGCGGCGGCGAACAUCAACAUCUUCCGCAGCCUCUCCUCCAAGAUCUCCGAAGGCGGCCUGAACCUCUCGCAGGGCCAGCGACAGCUCCUCUGCCUCGCGCGGGCGAUCGUCUCCCGGCCCAAGAUCAUGGUCUUGGACGAGGCCACCUCGGCGGUGGACAUGGAGACGGACGCCCUGAUCCAGCGGAGCAUCCGCGAGGAGUUCACGGACAGCACGCUGAUCGUGAUCGCGCACCGGCUGAGCACGAUCGCGGACUUUGACAAGAUCCUGGUCAUGGGCGAGGGCAAGGUGCUCGAGUUUGACGGCCCGCGCGAGCUGAUGGGGAAGAAAGGCGGCGUGUUUCGGGGCAUGGUGGAGAUGAGUGGCGAGAGGGCCGAGUUGGAGAGGAUCAUGGGCAUUAGCGUCGGCGUCGGCGUCGGCAUGGAGGCGCAAGAACAGCAACAUGAGCAACAGCAAGCCCACGAGGAGGAUCGUGAAGCCACAGCGGGAGGAAGCGCUCCUGCAAAUGCCACUGCCACCGACGGUACCGACGCCACAGCGAGCGCCAGUAGUGGGAGGAACGAGGACGACGACUCGGAGGCUGGAUGGGGGAUCUGAUCCGCAAAUAGAACCGAGUCAAGAAACAUCGCCCGGAAAGGGGAGGGGUGAAAAGUUGAUCAUUGGGAGAUUCUCUGCGUUCCUCGCUUCAUGAGGGCCAUGGUCGCAGACACGAGCGGCUGCACCAAACGUACAUAAUAGACAAAAAGGGGUUUCAAAAGAAACGGCAUGGCACGGCACGGUAGGGUCACGGUCGGGGGCGUUUCAAUUUUGAGUUACUCAUAGCCUUCUCGGAUCUUUCGCAUGGAAGCUCCUAUCUAUUUAAUGAUGAU